AUAGAACUUCCUGCUGUUAAUUUCUGUGCUGCUUGGCUACCAACGCAACAAAAUCUUCUAAAAUUUGGUUUGUAGUAAAUUAGUUUAAUGAUUUAUUGUCCCGUUUUAAUUCUCAGUGAAUAUUUUUUUAAUGUUUACGCGAAGUCUUUGGACCAAAAAAAAAAAGUGAUGCUCGUUCAGCCAAAUGGUGCCUAAAUUUUACUAAAUCAAAUGUCUGUGUAAGUCUAAAAGUCUAAUCUAAAUAAAAGUCGAAGUAAAGCUUGGGCGCCAGUCAGACGGUGUUAUAAUUGAAACAAUUUUUAAAUAGCCUAUAUGCAAUGAAUUUUAAAUGACACACAAUUUUAAAGAGGGGCUUGUUAUAAAUAAGUAUAAGCUUUAAAACACAUCAAUUUAAUUUUCCUAGCUUUUAAUGUUUGAAAGAAAGUAUGGUGGUUCAAUAAUGAGCUCAAUAGAGGCAAUAGAGAGCAAAAGAUAAUUCCCGAUAACUACGCUAAUGACAUUAAUGAUUUUUUUCUUUUAAAUAACGCAACUGCGUUUGGUGCCUAGUAUUUUCUUUUCUUUUUGGAAAAUGAAAUGUCUCUAUUUAAAUAUUGUGUACCGUAAUAAAUUAAAUAUUCAGUUUUGAAGCGGUUGGGACAUCAGAAUACUGAUUGAUAUAGAUUGAUAAUAAAAAGUGUGCAGUAAUGUAUCAUGGGGGAAGGUGUGUGGCAAAAAUUGGGAUUCUUCAAUGUGCAUUACUUCAGUUCAUGUUUUGUCAAGUAACUUUAGUACGUGGGAAGUUCAUAGAUUGCUGUAGCCUCCAAUGUUUUGCGAGCUAUAACUAGUAUGAAAUAUUUGUGGAUGUAAACUGUUUUCUAUGUCCAAAUAAAAAUAUAAAAACUAUGAAAAUGAAUAUCUUAAGUCUAAUUUAUUAAUUUAUAUAUUACCAGUGCCUAACUUUCAACAAGUCAUAGAUAGACUAUUACACUUGUGUCAAUAGUCAUAGUUUUCCUACGAUUUGUUAUAAUAAUAUAAUUUAAGACUAGACCUAGUAUUGCUACUAAAUAAUACCUUAUUAAAUUGAGAAUACUAACUUAAAUUAUGUCCUAAUAAAUAGAUAUAAUUAGCCUUAUACUUAAAACUAAUAUUAGUAAUUAGUAGUACUAAUAGUAUUGGUAGACCUACUCCCUAGACUACACAAAUCUAUGCCUAUUAUAGUUAGUCUAUACUAAAAAAGUACUAUGCUAUUAAUUUCAAUUUAUAGGCUUAAAUACGCUCUCUAUACUCUUAAUAUACUCUAUAGACAUCCAUAGAUAGUAUAAUAAUAACUGUACUUACUACUUAGACCUAUAUUCUAUAUAUUCUAUAUGUAAUUUUAACAUGUAAGCUAUGUAGCCUAGGCCUAAUUUUAGUAAUAAUGUUCUCUUAACUUGUAUGAGUCCAGAAAUUCACCUGAGUACACUAAGUAAAUUUAAUAUAAGACUCUUUAAUUUAUUGGGUUGUAUUAAUUUCUAAUAAUAUUGUAAAACUGUUUUCCAUUCAUUAACUGAUUAGUGUUACAAGAAAUUUUUAAAGAUGAACAAUAAUGAAAAUAGUUUUAUAUCUUUAUAUUAAAUUGAUAAGAUCAGCUAUUUCUGGCAACCCAAUUUUUGUUUUUGUGAGAGAGGAUAACUGGUGACAACAGACAUUUUUAUUUACAGGGUUAAAUGGAUAACUUUUUGUGAAAUUGCUAUUAUUAAUGAAAGAAAGUUAUUCCCAUAUGAAAAUGAAAGAAGCAGAAGCGCAAUAAAGUAGUACGAUUAUACAUUAAAAAAUAGAAGCUAUUAUUAUUAAGUGCAUACUGAUAUAUAAGAAUAAAUACAUUGCCAGUCACAAAAUACAAUAUUCUGAAAUAAAUGAUAUAGCAGUGUUUGGAAAAAUAUGGGCUCUACGUCACUGAUGAAAAAAUAUUUUAUAAUUAGCAAACUGAAAUAAAAUAGAAAAAAAAAAUGAUAACUGAGCCGAAGGUAAAAUGGCCACAAAAGUUUAUGCAUCAUGUUUUGACAUGCUCAGAAGAUAUGUGCAAGUGAGUUUCAUAUUACCUGCUUGGUAAUUUUAUGCCUGAUGUUUCCCCAUGCCCCUAUACUUCUACCAUGUAUUUUCACAACUUUUUUUUCUACGGCUGCCAUCUUUGUCAUAGCAACAAAGAAGGCAGAUGUGUACAAAAAAAAAAAGAAAGGGCAAAACGUUGUCUGCUAAAAUUUAAAGUGGCGAGGGGAAAGUCAGUCAAUGUGUUGUUUCGACUGCUUACCGAGAGAAAUGAAAAUAAAAACAAAAAGUUAACCUUUAAUGGUUGCCCACUUUCUAGGUUUAAUUUUAGCCAAUACAUUAAUUCCAUGGCAAACAUAGCAACUUUUUUUAAGCCCUCUAGAUAUGCAGCAAGAAGUAUCAACGACCUGCAGUCGCUCCCUUCCCUCAACAAAAAAACAUGUGCUACAAAAUUAGGGUAUGUUUAAAAUAUAAUUAACCACCCAGUGAAAUAUUAACUUAAAAUAUUUUGUUCGGCAUAUCAAUAUUUUUAAAAAUCCAAGCAUAAACAAAAGGGAACUCAUUCAUCCCAGUGCCAAACAUCAAGCUCACUUCCUAAAGCUUAAUUUGAAGUAGGCCAAGGCUCAAUCACUGCAAUCGGGGCCAUGCCAAAUGAAUGUCUAUAAUAAGCCACUGAUGCCUAGUAACAGUAACCUCUAUCUAUUGUGGUAGUAUCUAUUCUUAGUCUUAAAGUUAAGGUAGUCUAAGUACUCUAAGUCUAAGACUGUCACUAUCUAUGUUUAGCCUAUUUUAGUCUUAAGUGAGUCUGCACGCUCUAAGACUAUCAGAGGCAUAGCUAGAGUGUUUGCCGCCUGGGGACAAGAUUCAUUUUAAGGGCCCCCCCCCCAAACUCUUUCUUUUUUUAACUCUCAAACCCAUUAUUUUCAUCAAUAAAAUAAUAUCAAAGCACAUUUUAAAGCCUCUAAAUAGUCUGCCACCCAGGGACAUCAGUCACCCUCUGCCCCUCAUCCCAGCUGCAUCAACAUCUAACUUGUUAGUAACGAUGUCAACAGGGCAGAGCGUUUCUAGGUGCUUAACCGUGUUUUGCAGACCUAGGUGAGAAUUAAAAAAUGCUCCCCUUUCCCUUUAACUACCAUCACUCUCUCCCCCUGUCAUCCAGGCUAGAAAAAUUAAUGUAUUAGUACGAUUAGCUAUAAAAAUAAAAAAAGAACUUUAUUGAACAUUAAACAAUAAUUUAAAUUUUCCUCUUUUUAAUUUUUUUUUUCCUAAUUUUCUAAAUUGUUUCGCUAUUUGAUUUCAAAUUAAAAUCUUUUGAUACCCCUAAUAUUUUGCUGCACUAGACAGCCGCCUAGUAUUGCAUAAUGAUAGUACCAGCCGUGUAUGUCGAGAAUAUUUUAGUCUAAAGUGAGACUAUAUACUCUAAGACUAUCACAAUGUCUAGUAGGCAGUGGUUAGAUAUUACUGUAACUGAUGCUUUGAAAAGAUUUAAAGCCAGUGCUAUAAUACACAUGUGCCAAGCUGGGAAUGGGUUUGUAUAUUUGAUAGGUCAUUGUCAACAAAUAAAAUCCAAUAACUAAAACUGGAUCAAAACAAUUUGAGACUUUGAAGGUCUGAUUUAAUGUUUUAUUAAUUGAUAAUCUUGAGCAGAUGCCAGGAUGGAGACCGGACAUCCCCUCAAAUUGGCUUACUUGAUAGUGAACUGGAUGCGGCGGAAAAAAGGUAAAGGUAAUAAUUUUUAUGACGGGAAUGUGUAUAUAUAUUUGCUAAAUCACUGUAAAAAAUUUUUUAAAAAUUAAAAAUCAAAAUUUAACAAUUUUAGACUUUGAAGAUUUACUUAAAUGUUUAAUUAAUUUAUAAAUUUUUAGCAUAUAGGAGUACUAGGAUGAAGACCAUACGUCCCCUAGAAUUGGCGUACUUGACUGAAAAAUGGAUGCGGUGUCAAAAAAUUAAAGGUAAUAAUUUUUAAGCUUGUGCUAAUCGAAUCUAGGUGUUUAUUUGUUAAUUAACUACAACUCAUCUAUUACUCCUUGACUAUCAAAUUAAAUAAUUUUUUUUAAGGUACUUAUGAUUAUGUUAAACUGAAACUCUCCAUGUGGAAUCUCACCUGGAAUGACAUACUGCGUACGUCAGAUCCAUCGAUGGAAAUCAUGGCGUUGAAGGUAAGACUGUAUUUAAAAAAAUUAUACAUACUUAUUACUUAAUUGAUUGUGCCAAAAAGUCUGAGAAAAGAGGCAAAUAUCGGCAAGGUAACGUCAUGACAAAAAUGUCUUGACAAAAAAAUGUCAGUACCUUACUGCUGUUUCUAGCUAGAUCUCUUAAUUAAGUUACCCGGUAUUAAUAAUUAUUUUAUAAUUUUAUUUUGAAUGUCAAACAAUUGUCAGAAGUCGUCUUAAUGGUUUUAAAGAUUAUGUGAUGAUAAAAUUAACAUGAUUCGUGGUUCAAAUCACAGGCUCUUAACCAGAGAUGACUGCUUACCCAGGGAGUUGGGGCAGUAACCAGGGGUUCGGGAAGACACAGAAAAUCUGGUUUAUUUGCAUUUUUAUUAGUAUUUUUGUAUCCUGUUGGGUGCAGAAAAUGUUUUGGAAUUUAGGGGGUGAUGUGACAGUUUAGAAGGUUUAAGAACCCCUACUUUAAAUCAUGUUGCAAUGAAAAAAAAAUUGAUAUUUUGAUUAAAAAAAUUCAGGAAACCGUCCUCUUAGCCAGGGAGCGCAGUCCUCUGUUGGUUGGUGAACCUGAGUGUAAAGUUCAACUUUAUUCAGGAUUGUUAAAAUACGGGAACACAGGUGAGUGAAUAUUUUUAUUUUAAUCUUUAAUUUUAGUUAGAGCCACUGUGGCCCUAAUGUGGGGUUGAGGGUAUGCUCUUAUAUUUAAUCCACAACAUAUACUAGCAUUAAAUUGUCAUUAAUAUUUGACCAUCUAAAUAAAUUGUCAGUAAUAUUUGACCAUUAUAUAAAUUGUCAGUGAUAUAUUUUUGUUGUCUACGGUAUAUAAAUUGUCAGUAAUAUUUUACAGUCCAUAUAAAUUGUCAGUAAUAUUUUACUGUCUAUAUAAAUUGUCAGUAAUAUUUUACUGUCUAUAUAAAUUGUCAGUAAAAUUUUACUGUAUAUAUAAAUUGUCAGUAAUAUUUUAACGUCUAUAGACAUUGCUACAACUAACUUCGUCUAAUAACCUAUAGGAUUUUUGUUGAAGGUUGAAUUCUUUUAAACUAUUAAGUCUACAGAUUAGUCCUCUUGGUAUAAAAUAGGUAUGCAAUAAUUUGAUCAACCUUCUUUAUAAAUCACGUUCAAUUAAUAAUACAAUUGUUAUCUGUUUACCUAACAGGUUUUAACCAAAACGUUAAGCUUUCGUUUGAGGAUCUCCCCGACUAUAUCCUAAAUUACUUGAGCAUUAAGUCUCUUAACCUUGACCUUGGGAGGGAAGUAACUGAAACCGACCCCAGUCCUUACCUACUUAAUCCUAAACCGAUUCAACAUGAUUCUGAAGAUGCUGGCCCAGUAUGGAGGGGCUGUUAUGUUGGUGAGUUAUUUCUUCCCGUUUCACUUUGAAAAAAAACAGGUAUGCAGAGUCUGCAAAAUUCAUAUUAGUUCUGCUAUAUGAGUGGCAAUGUGUUUUUAGUGUAUAUGUCUGAGUGACAAUAGACAUAUACACUGCCGAUGUUCAUGGCCAUUCUUAUUUUUAAACUCUUGAAAACAUGUUUCAUGCUGUCUGACUCCCACUAAUGAAAAAUUAAUGUGCGUUUUUUUUCCCCAUCUAUUUAUAUUUGAUAUAAAGGCUGUUAAUUCUUUUCUUUUAAGCUGUAUUCACCUUGAGAGCUAAUUUGAGUGGUGAUGUCAAAGUUAAUGAAGAUCUGGGGUCGGUCCAACAGGAAAACUUGAAGGAAAUCGUGCGCUGCCUUAAAUCUUCAAAGAAAACCGAUUACAUUUUAUUAACAUCUAAAGGCUGUGAAUGGAUUGUAACAGGAAGAUGUGAAUUUAACCUGUACAGCUAACUGUAUCAAUGCUAAUUGUUUUUUAUUUGCCAAACUCAUUAUAUGUUUCAGGGUCAUACUAGUUUGGGGCCGGCCAUCCAUAUCGUCCAUUCACAAAAAAAUAGAAAUUUACAAACAACCCAACACCCCCCGUCCCACCCACC